AUGACCACACCAGCAUUGCAUAUUCAAAAAAAUGAGAAUCUGCCAGAGGUGUCAGAGUUCAGGGAUGAGGAGGGUAAAAAAACAGGACCCUUCACAUGGCAUGCUGGAAAAUAUCAAUGUAAUGUUAUAUUAAGGUUCCUGGCUGCUGUCAAUGAAGUUGUGGAUGCCCAACUGCCUCCUCGCUUCACUAUUCAGGUGAAAGAUGAUCCAAAACAGCUGCCUGAAAAGCAAAUAGAAAAUCGACGUGUGAAUGUUGAGGAGAUGGAGGUGAAGACAAAGGAAAGUGAAAUGAAGAAGGGUAAAUGCAAAUCAAAGAUCAUGAGCAACAAAGUGAAAGGACAAGAGAGUUAG